CACCGCUCUGGUCGGCAAUCAGAAAACGAAGUUCUUCUACAGAGCAAAACCCAAGACAUAAAAAAGAAGAGUUCGUGACAAUCUGAGGAACAGGCUUCACUUCUUAGCUCUUGUUCUUUUGAGCGAAGUGUCUCGCGUUGAAGCAUUAAAGCAUCUGGUCCCUGCCGAUGUUAUGCUAGUGAAGGGGUCAACAGCACGGAAAAAUACCAACUACACUACAAGCCUUCGCUUCUUUCGCGGUUGAAGUGUCUUGCCUUCUAAGUAUCAUGCAUCCUACGAACGUCAUCCCUGUUAUUACGCGUGAAGCAUUUCAUGCUGUCGAACGCCUGACACAAGCUGCCCGUAUCAUAUCAACGUGCCCCGUCUUCCUCUACGGCACGCGGCAUGAUGCAUGCGCCACCAAUCCAACAACGUGUAGUGUCUUCUGUUGUAUGUAACUAAGCCGCCCACAACUCUCCGACGUGCCCCUGUUUUUUUCUUUUUUCGGAGCCUCGUAUCAUCCAAGGUCCUUCAAUCUCACUAAUCGGUCGUACACUUCAUCAGAUAACUUGGGUGUUCUAAAUUUUACCAGCUCACGAAGUGGCCUCCGCCGCUGCCCUGCAAACCUCAACUGUGGCAUAAAUGAACAAAACCAGGUCGUCACUGACACAGCCACCCACAGGACACACGCGUGAGAGGUCUAAUCAUGCCUAAUGACAUAUUUAAUUACAGCAAAUCCUCGACCAAUCCUAAUCGUAGCAUGCUUAUACGUAAGCACAAGCCACCCAGCUGCUCUUCGCUAAUGGCUCGUAGCUUCAGGCUACAUGCCCGACUGUGUCAGUUGUGCGGUUGCUUCUUCGUUCGGGACAUCUUCAGGGGCGUGCACCACCAAGCACGGAUGGUUCGUUGGAAAAGUUUGUACGCCCUCUACAGCUGCGGAUGCGUCUCCUUGCUGGCAUUGCUGGGGUACGAAGAGCUCGCUGCUUGGACUGACGAAUGGUCGGGACAUCAAGAACAUCUCGAGAUUGUCAUUCGCAUCACUCUUCACGCCAUGCUUUUCCUCAGGAUUAUCGUGAACUACCUGUGCAUGCUGUUGGGCUCUUCCAAGCUGGCGUCAUUCUACCAGCGGGCUUCUGCCUAUGAAACGAGGGCCAAGAUAACGUCUUGCGAGUGCUGUGCUACCAUGGACAUCUUCUGGUGUGACUUGCGAAGAUGUUUCGUCUGCAUACUCUACUCCAUAGCAAUAGGACUGACAGAGCCUCGAGGAUCAAACGGACCAGCCAAUCCCCUGACGGAAACCUUCUACUGGUUUCAAAUUUUGCUCGCCACGCUUUUCUGGCUAGUCUACGACAGUAUGUACGCCGUCGCCUUGAAGUCGUCCGGUCAAGUCCUCUGCCGAUACAUCGACCAAGAAGUGGAAGCUUUAAGGGUUUUCGAGGGUUACCACUGCAUUGGUUUCGACCACCGCGCCGACAUGGCCAGACGAGCUGAAGAAGUCAGACUUAACGUCUUUACGGUGCUCCAGUUGAAACGCGAAAUCAACGCUAUAUGGAUGUGGUCGCUCAUCGUUACGAGCGUGUACGUCCUGUUACUACCCUGCAUCUGCAUACACGAAGUCUGUUAUUCAUCGUAUGCUGCCGAACAGCGCUACGGCUUGGCCCUGUACGCCGUGUACAUUGCCUAUGACUUCGCCACACUCACCCACGCGAGCCAGUCACUGAUAAACAGAGCUAAAGAGUUGAAGAAUGUUUGCAGGAGAGCUCGAAGUUUUGGAAAUGCUGCCUUAGGAUAUCAGAUUCAACUCCUCUAUGACACCAUCAAUCCCGAGGAUAUGGCUUUUGAAGGCGCCGACUUUUUUCGGCUCAAGGUGUCCCUAUUAGUUUCGAUGACGGCCUCCGUGAUAACGUAUGCUGUAAUACUCCGACAGACAAGUCAAGGUAUCAACAGGUCGCGUGACGCUGUUGUAUGACACUUCUUUAAAUAAAAGCGAC